UUUAUCUCUUCUUCUUCUCGUGAGACCUCAGCCAUGGAGAAAAGUAGCGUCGUUGCAGCAGCAAGGCCUGUGAGGGCUGACGACGAAGAUGAAAACUCCUCUGCCCUUCGUACUUCUGAGACCUUCCUUCGUCUCCUUCUCGGCCUCUCCGUUGCAGCCCUUGUCCUCAUGCUCAACGACUCCCAAGCCAACGACUAUGGCUCUCUGGAUUACACUGACCUUGGCGCCUUCAGGUAUCUGGUGCAUGCCAAUGGUAUCUGUGCAGGUUACUCACUCAUUUCAGCAGCCAUUGUUGCUAUGCCUCGCCCUUCCACCAUGUCUCGAGCUUGGACUUUCUUUUUGCUUGACCAGUUGCUAACUUACAUAAUUCGUGCUGGCUCGGUGUCAACGGAAGCUCUGUACCUGGCGGAGAAGGGGAACGACUCCACACUCUGGAGCUCAGCUUGUGGGUAUUUUGGCAGGUUUUGUCACAAGGCCACGGCAUCGGUCGCCAUCACCUUCCUAGGCUGUG